ACCUUUAACUCACAAUCCAGCUCUGUGUACGGACAUUGUCCUUACUGACGCUUCAGUCAUGGUGUAUAACAGCACACACGGGUUCUGGGUGUUCCAGGGUUCCAGUGAGCUGUGGGGUGUGUUAGCGGCGAUCGCUGUUCUCCUGCUGCUCUCCUUCUGCUGCAAUAUUUUAUGCUGUGUUCAAAAACGCCUCACAGCUAAAGGGAAAACAUUUCUGCCCCGAUUCAGGAGGAGUGUGAGUCUGAAAAACAGAGAGAUGGAGGAGAACCCGAUUUACGGCAAUAUCACCUACACACACUCACACAAUGAUGAUAAACAGGAAGUGGAAACUCCCGCUGAGCCUCUCUCCUCUGCUCGAGACUGCUAUGCUAACCUGAGCCUGAAAGCUCCUAAACCCUCUGUGUCGGGCCGUGCGUCUCCUCUCACAAAGAUCCAGUACUCAGACGUUCUGGUGAUCUGUGAGGAACCAGAGGAGAAGAUGUCUGAGGAUAAAGACUCCUGCUCGGGUCUCUCGGAUCUGUAUGCUUCAGUCGACGCAGAACACGUCAAGAGCAAGAAGGAGGAGAGCAACGAGCCGUACGCCAAUCACGUGUGA